AUGGACUUCUCGUGGCUCGAUCCUUCUCUUCAUUAUCUUCAUGAUUGGUCCGGAUCUGCUGGGGGGACUGCGACUGUUAGGCAAUGGUUUGUUGAAAGACAGGACGGUUUGCGGUGGCAUUGCUUUCAUGCUCUUAGUAGUGCUCUGAGCCCUAUCACCGCCGCCGCUCUCUUUACAACCCAAGGCAUCGGUACCCACAGCUCGAAAUGCAGGGCAUUGACGUCUUCAAAUGAAAUAUUAUCCGGCAAUAGCAAUGAUUCUUUUCUCAUGGACCCCAGGAAGACCUUGCCGCUGAACCUGCUUUUGCUGAGAAUUCCUGAUCAAAAGCGUCACAGUCAUAUGAUUCAAUGGUCUUACAUGGACGGUUCGAAGAAGGCCUGUAUUAUUGCGAGUGCAAUGGUAGGUAUGAUUUUCCUUGUGGUAUUUGGUGAUAAACGCCACUACUUGAAGAAAUGCAACGCCUCUAAGGCUGCAAAAGAUAAAGAAAGAAGUGUGAAUCGGCAUGAAGAUUUGGGGACACAAAUGAGAUAUAGAAGUGACUGGUAUCAUUAG